AUGCGCGGGAAACGUGGCAAGAAUCUGACGAACACGGACCGCAAUGCCAUCCUCCAUCGACUGCUAGCACUUUUCACGGCGCAAUCAACACUACCUCGUGGCGCAUAUUGCGACGUGAAACACGAGGACAAACGGCGCCAGUGUUCCGACGUCACCUCCCGCAUCAAAGGCCACUGUGGACGGAACCUCAAGCACGCCAAUAUGGCUGUGAGGAUGAAGGCAGUGCCAAAGUCGAAACGAACAAUCUUCCGGAGGGGCAUCUUUGUCAAGUACUCAAGCUCAGUUCGGCUGAGUCUCACCGAUGUGAACAAGGUUGUGCGUGUGAAGUGGGCGAUGGACCACCUGCACGUGGUGGAUGGUAGCCAAGUUGGCUUUGGCAACUGGAUGGAGUACGUUCACGUCGACGAAAAAUGGUUCUUCGGCACGUGUGUCAAGAAGACGUACUACCUUGCGCCCGGAGAGGAACCGCCUCACAGCACAUGCAAGUCGAAGCACUUCAUCAACAAGGUCAUGUUUCUGUCGGUUAUGGCUCGACCACGUUGA